CUACUCCUCCUCCCUCUCUGGCCUCCUUUUCCUCUUUGUGUCAAUUCACAAAUCCAUUUGAUAGACAAGCACACAACCUUUGCUUUCCCUGUGCAGGUUUGUUAUUGAAAAGGAAGCAGCAGCAAUUCCUUGUUCCAUGCUGUGCCUCAUCAUGGCUUCUUUCUUCUUUAGCAUCGCUGCAUCAUUUGGGCCACUAAAGCCCUUCUUGCCCUUGUGAUUGUGAGCAAGUUCUUGAUGCUUCCCAGAUCCCAAAUGGCCAUACAACUCACGCUUCUACUCAUUUCGUGUAGCCUUUACAGUAUGUAUUCCUCUUCUUCUUUCUCCACGUCCUCCUCUCUUGCAUUGCUGGUGCUGGUUAUCUCCACCUGCCUCUCCUUGCUCUUCUCAAACCUCAGACAACUGAUGAGAACCAGCAGCCACAAAGCUUCCAUGGAGGUGGUUGCUCAUCAGGAGAAGAGCACUGUGCCACGAGAUGAGGUGUCCGAGGAUGCGCUGGAGGAUUCGGCUGGAAGCCUGUCGGGGUCUUCAGAUUGCCAGGUCAGCGAAGAGGGGACUGAUGAAGUCUCGGUGUCUGAUGACGACGACGAUGAGAGUCUUAUUGAGAUCUCCCUUGUUGAUGGGUACUAUGUGGGGCAAGAGGAGCAAUGUCUCUGGAAGAAGGAGCAAGACCUCCUCGCCGACUUCCUGCCGGAGUUCGCUCUUGACAGGAGGGACUUCAUAGACAUCUUGUCGGAGAUCAGUGAGGAGGAAAACAUGAUUGAGAUUGACAUUGCAAGGGGCUCCAUCAAGUGCGCAAACUUCAGCAUCAAAGCAUGAGCUUUGCAGAGGUUUGGUCUAUGAAUUGCUCCGGAGCUUUCGUCAGGGCAAGGGAGUAGUAGUAGGUUGUACUACUGGAAUACAUGUGGUUUAUUGCCUUGCCUUUUUUUCACAAAGAGCUCAGUUUUCAUUAGUGAUUCUUCAGUGGAAGCCUUGCUGCAUCUCUUUUCUUGUGCUUUCUGAAUGUUACUAGAGAAGGAAUAAAGCGCGUGCACAUAUUUGGCUCGAA